AUGCCUUCCGCCGCACCGCCUCGCGACGCGCCCCCCGCCGUCGCGACGUCCGCGGCGAGCGUGACGCCGCACCGAGUGGCGCUCGCGCUGCUUCUGCGCCUCCUCGCGGGCCCGCCGCACUCCGCCGAGCCCGGGCUGGCUGACGAACUCCGCGCGCGUGCCGCCCCGCCCUCCCCGCCGCCCCGCUGCGUGCGGCAGCGGCUGGCGCUCUUCCUGCUGCGCGAGACCAGGCUUCCCCCGCCGCAACCACCCCCCUCGCUGCAUCAUUGCCGCCAGUGGCACUGUUGCUCCUCGCCCCUCCUCGCCCCGUUCUCCCUGCCGGCUCCAUUC